AGGGGCUAUAUUGCGCUCGUGUGAGAGUCGGGCAGCACAUCAGUUUACACAGUAUCGCUGCUCUGGCAGCCAACGCGCAUUGCUCUCACUCGCUCGCUCGCUCGCCUUUGCACACCAAUUGUUGUUAGUAUGCAUAUAUAUUUACAUGCCCAUACAUUACAAUAUAAAUAGUAGAUGACUCGAGCGGGAGGAAGAGCAGUGGUAUGAUUUAAAUUUUUAAAUCACCAGUGCGUAAUGUGAGCCUCGCGGGCGUGUGCUUGCCUCCUGUGUUGCUGUGUGUCGUUCUGUGUUUUUAUUUGUUGUUUUUUUUUCAAACGUGCGGGCAUCGACGCAUUCGAAUCGAUUCCCAGCGAUCGACGCAGCGAACGAGUGCACUAGAUCGAGUGAUCCGUGAAUAGUGCGACAAAUUUUUAUGCCGCGAUAAAGGAGCCGUAGGAAAAAUUUAAAAAAUCAGGAGGCAUCUUUGGCUUGUGCAUUGCAGCAGCAGCAGCAGCCCCGCCUCCCUCUCCCACGGAGUGGCAUCGACAGUAUAUAGUUAUAUAUCGUGGCACAGCAGCAGCGGUGUUGCAGCACCAGCAGUCCAAGCGAGUUUUAUGGAAUAUUCAGCAGAGUACGAUUCAUUUAUGUAAAUUAAUCGUUUUUUUCCUCUCAAAAAUUUCGCUCGUAUCGUUUCUACGCGCUAACAAGAAUCCUCGCGACUACGUGUGUGCAUGCCAACGUAGAACUGAAAGAAACCAAAGAAAUAUUCGUCGAUGCUCAAGUCCGAGCAAUGACGAGAACUCAGAUUGGUGCAUCGCCGGUUUACGUUAGAUGAAGAGUCGCUACGUCGGCAUCGUCAUCGGCGGUGAUCGUAUUUUAUCGAGAAAAAAUACGUGAUGAGCAAGAUGCCACACAGCCAUUCGAGCCCAGCGGGUGUCGACGUUGGCGGCGGUGGUAGUCGUACACCACCGGCUACGCCCCGAAAAGCUGGCAAAAUGCUAGCUUUCAGGAUACAGAUGCUCGACGAUUCCAUCACGAUAUUUCAAGUGCAGGCGAAGGCACUUGGACGGGUACUGUUUGAUCAAGUAUGCAAACAACUGCAUCUCUUAGAAGCGGACUAUUUCGGUCUCGAGUAUCAGGAGCCCAAUGGAACGAAGUACUGGCUGGAUCUCGAGAAACCAGUUUGCCGACAAGUGGGGCUGUCGCUGGUCGACCCGCUCCUCAGGUUCUGCGUCAAGUUCUACACGCCCGAUCCAGCCCAGCUCGAGGAGGAGUUUACCCGAUACCUGUUCUGCCUGCAAAUAAAGCGCGAUCUCGCUCAGGGUGUACUGUCCUGCAACGACAACACGGCAGCGCUCAUGGCCAGUUAUAUAGUUCAAGCUGAAUGCGGUGAUUUCGUCAUCGAGGACUAUCCUGAUCACACGUAUCUGUCAACCUACCGAUUCAUGCCACAUCAAAAUCCCGAGAUCGAGCACAAAAUAAUGGAGAACCACAAAAAACACGCCGGCCAAUCGCCAGCUGAGGCGGACUUGAAUCUAUUGGAGACGGCAAGACGCUGCGAACUGUACGGAAUGAAGAUGCAUCCUGCCAAGGAUCACGAAGGAGUGCCGCUGAACUUGGCAGUGGCGCACAUGGGAAUUUUGGUCUUUCAAGCCUCCACUAAAAUCAAUACCUUCAGCUGGGCUAAAAUCCGAAAAAUUAGCUUCAAGCGAAAAAAAUUUCUCAUCAAGUUGCAUCCCGAGGGCUAUGGUUAUUACAAGGAUACCGUGGAGUUUUUCUUCGAUGGUCGCAACGAAUGCAAAAACUUCUGGAAAAAAUGCGUUGAGAAUCAUGGCUUCUUCCGCUGUUCGAUAGUCAAACGAGUUACGCGACAAAAAACUCGUGUGCUAAGUCGAGGAUCGUCAUUUCGGUACAGCGGAAAAACUCAGAAACAGAUUGUUGAAUUCGUGCGUGACAAUUACGUGAAGAGACAGACGUUCCAGAGGUCCAAUUCGUUCCGGCAGACUAGCAGUGGUAGGGCAUUUCAGGGCUCGGAGGGGGGAGGCUAUCGUGGAGCCACAUCGAGCAGCUCUCUUAUGGGUAGCUCCAGCAUCUCUGCCCACCCCCUCCUGCCCCUCGGCGAUCCUUCCCUGGAACCAGCUCUGUCUCUGUCAUGCGGUUCGAUGACGCUGGAUUUUCCGAUGACUGCGACGAGUGCCUCGAUAGCCGGGAUGACUCACCGACGCGACGACACAGCUACGUCCUAUCGGACGCUCACCUCUAUCGACGUACAUUCCCCGGCUAUGCCCUACAGCCAGGCCCAGGUAGCAGCAUCUCAUGCUGUCAACCACCAUCAGCCGCAGCAGUUGCAGCAAGCCAGGACUUCAUCAACAGCCGAUGAAACGGAUUUCGAUAAGCAUGAGAGCAAAAUCUUAACCAACGGACAUCAUUCGACUCCACCGUCAUCUCCGAUCAAAACUUCAGACCAAAAAAAUUCGGUAUCGCAUUACAGCAAGCCGUUAACUAAUGGAAGUUGGAAUCGCAGUACCACCAAUUCAACAACGUCUUCGGUAGAACGAAUCGUUACGGUAACUUCACCGGAAAUUCCAAUCAAACCUGUGAGAAAUGGAAGUAUCGUCGGGGCCAGCGUUGAAGACAUUGACGUGCGAAAAACAAAGCGUUGGCCUACAGAUAAAGCCUACUUUAUAGCUAAGGAAUUACUUAUGACUGAAAGAACUUACAAGAAAGACUUGGAAGUUAUUAAUGUGUAUUUCCGUGAGGAGCUGUCUAACAGACCCGAAGGCGAAAACGACUGCAUCGUCACUCUUCUCGAAAAUUUGGCCGAUGCUCACGAACCUUAUCUGCGCGACAUGGAAGAACGAGUUACACGUUGGGAAAGCAACGCGCCUCAUAAUAUCGGCGAUUUUCUGGAUAAUACUCUGAGAGAGAUGCUGCCACUAUACGAUGAAUAUAUUGAAAAUCUCUUGACGACUAUUGAAAAAUUUGAGUACUUCAUGAGAGCAGAUCGUGAAUUUGAACAGUUGUGCAGAGUUUUCGAGGCACAAAAGUACUGCUAUCUGCCGCUGACGAAUUUUCUAAUGAAGCCGCUGCAGAGAUUGUUCCAUUAUAAUAGUAUUAUCGAUAGAUUAGCUGAUUAUUAUUCAAACGAUCACAUGGAUUACGACUACUGCAUGUCAGCAAGAGAUCGCUUAAGCGACACAUUGCGACGGGCUUUGGAUAUUCUCAGUGAAGCGGAAAAUAAAGUCCAACUGUGCGAAUUACAAAGGGAUAUAAAUGGCUUUGACAGUUUACUCCAAGGCGAUCGACGUUUCAUUCGACAAGGUUGUUUACAAAAGUACAGUCGCAAAGGCUUUCAACAAAGGAUGUUUUUCCUGUUUUCCGACGUUUUACUAUACACAUUCCGCGUGCCGCAACAAUCCACUCAGUGUUUCAAGGUUCAUGGUCAAAUGGUUUUAACGGACAUGAAAAUCCAGGAAAAUGACAACAAGACUGGAGCUGACUUUGCAUUCGUCAUUCAUUGCCUUGGAAAUCAGUCUCUUACGGUAGCCGCUAAUAGCAAAAAAGAAAAAGAAAGAUGGCUGGAUGAUUUGAAUCAGGCGAUACUGUUGAACGAUUCAAAGGAAAGCUCGUCGCAGUACCAUAGUAAUCUCAAAACAUGCGUUGCUGGAUCCAAUGACGAGAUGAACGAGCAGGGAGGUACCAGUUGCGAUAUUGAUCGGCACUCCAGCUGUGGCGGUGCAAAGGCUUCGCAAAGAAGCAAUACUGCGGUCCAUGUGUGUUGGCAUCGCAAUACCAGUGUUAGUUAUAGCGAUCAGCUCCGUGCCUUCCAUAAUCAAUUAAGUGGAUUCUUACUGCGCAAAUUCAAAAACAGCAAUGGUUGGCAAAAACUCUGGGUAGUCUUUACCAAUUUCUGUUUGUUCUUCUACAAAUCUCAUCAAGAUCCAUUUCCACUAGCUUGUUUACCCUUGCUGGGUUACGCAGUCUCUCAACCUUCAGAAAAAGAUGGAAUCAAUAAAGACUUCGUUUUCAAAUUGCAAUUCAAGAAUCACGUUUACUUUUUCAGAGCAGAAAGUGACUAUACUUUAGGAAGAUGGAUGGAAGUUGUGCGUAGUGCAACACAAGAAAGUCAUAUAACGUCCAACUAGUCUCGCUUUAACAUUAGCAAAAGCAAAUGCAAAAAAACUAUAUUUGCAAGAUUAAGUGUACUCGCAAUUCGAAAGUUUCGUUACUUGUUAGUCGUGAAUAUUUUUUAAUGAAUUUUCAACGAUCACAAUGUUUUAUAAUUAAAAUAAAGAACAUAGUCAAAAAGGUUUAUGGCAAAAAUUAUAUUAUUAUAAUAGAAUAGAAUAUGCAAAUAAAAUUAGAGACCAAUUUGUGCUAAUCAAAUUAGUACUUCGUUUAUAUACAAUACACGUUUGUAUGAUAUACUUGAAUUUAUACAAGUUUAUUGAAUCGUGAUCUUAAAUUGAAAAAUUUUUCACCUUUAAAAAAAAUUUGUAAACAAAAAAAUGAAAAUAUUUUAUUAUUAAUAAUGUAAGUACAAAGAUCACCAAGUGAUUAGCUUAACCAUUAUGUAAAAAUAAUUGUACAUAUAAUAAAUUAACUAAAAAUCAUUUGCAGCAAA